CUAAAUUUCCCGGUUUGUGUUGUUUCGUUCACUUCGUUGUUUGGCGAAAACGUUUUAUUAAAGAAGAAACUAGUAGUUUAAUUCUUUUAACAACCAAAAAAAUUGCAAAAUGUCGAAAGCACAUCCUCCAGAAUUGAAGAAGUUCAUGGACAAGAAGCUGUCCCUUAAGUUGAAUGCGGGACGUGCAGUCACCGGGGUGCUUCGGGGGUUUGAUCCCUUCAUGAACCUGGUGCUUGACGAGUCGGUGGAGGAGUCCAAGGAUGGUCAGAGGAACAACAUUGGCAUGGUGGUAAUCAGAGGAAAUAGCAUCAUCAUGCUAGAGUCACUAGACAGAAUAUAAUUAAUGUCUCAUUUUUAAGUCCACCAGUACAUACAAUUUGGUUUGUAAUUUUUUUCCAAGAUUGAUUAUGAGUUUGUGAUUUUAUCUUCAGGCAAUAAGGUAAAAUAAAUACCAGUUCAAAACAA